CUUGCUAUUCGCAGUUUAGUCGCUUUUCCUCUCCACUCACUGACUCAUGGCAAUAACGGCGGCGAUUUGCUUCGGUUCUCCAAACCCUAAACCUAUCGCCUGCGCCGCCGCCGCAGACGCCGCGGUUAUCAACCCUCUCAUAUCCCGCCCACGCUCUCUUACUCUCCACCGUCACUGCUGGAACCCUAGUCUCGUCGCCGGAGCUCCCUCUCCUCGAUCCUUCGCCGUCCGAUGCUCCCUCAGCUCACGGCCAGAUUACAUACCAAACCUCAUCCCCGACCACGCCUAUGUUCGCAUCUUCGACACGACGCUCCGCGACGGGGAGCAAUCUCCAGGCGCCACGAUGACCAGCAGCGAGAAGAUCACCGUCGCUCGCCUGCUCUCCCGCCUCGGUGUCGACAUCAUUGAGGCUGGCUUCCCAGCUUCAUCUCCCGACGAUCUCGAGGCUGUGCGCUCUAUUGCAAUGGAGGUGGGAAACAAGCCAGCGGAAGAUGGGCACCUGCCGGUGAUUUGUGGCCUGGCGAGGUGCAAUAAGAAGGACAUUGAUGCUGCUUGGGAGGCGGUGCGGCAUGCAAGGAGGCCAAGGGUGCAUACUUUUAUUGCGACGAGUGAGAUUCAUAUGCAGCAUAAGUUGAGGAAGACGAGGGAGGAGGUGGUGAGAAUUGCGAGGGAGAUGGUGGGAUAUGUGAGGAGGCUUGGGUGCGAGGACAUCGAGUUCAGCCCAGAGGAUGCUGGCAGAUCUGAUCGUGAAUUCCUUUAUCAUGUUCUUGAAGAAGUAAUUAAGGCUGGAGCUACAACGGUGAACAUUCCUGAUACAGUUGGCUAUACUAUUCCUCAUGAAUUUGGUCAACUAAUUUCUGACAUAAAAGCAAAUACUCGGGGGAUUGAAAAUGCAAUUAUUUCAACACAUUGUCAAAAUGACCUUGGACUUGCAACAGCCAAUACUUUAGCAGGUGCUAGUGCUGGAGCACGGCAACUAGAGGUUACAGUGAAUGGCAUUGGUGAAAGGGCAGGGAAUGCUUCUUUAGAAGAGGUUGUCAUGGCUAUAAGGUGUCGCAAGCAAACAAUGGGAGGCCUAUACACUGGGAUCAAUACUAAACAUAUUAAUAUGGCAAGCAAAAUGGUUGCUGAGUAUAGUGGAUUACAUGUUCAACCACAUAAAGCUAUUGUUGGUGCCAAUGCUUUUUCUCAUGAAAGUGGUAUACAUCAGGAUGGCAUGUUGAAAUUCAAAGGUACUUAUGAAAUAAUCUCCCCUGAUGAUAUUGGGUUGUCUCGAUCUAAUGAAUCAGGCAUUGUACUUGGAAAGCUCAGUGGGCGUCAUGCUUUGAAAUCAAAACUCACAGAGUUAGGCUAUGAUAUAUCGGGAAAGGAACUCGAUGACGUCUUCAAGCGCUUUAAGGAGAUUGCUGAGAAAAAAAAGCGUGUAUCUGAUGAUGACAUAGAAGCGCUAAUUUCAAAUGAAAUCUUCCAACCUAAAGUCAUUUGGUCCCUUCAUGAUCUUCAGGUUACAUCUGGAACACUAGGCCUCUCUACAGCAACUGUUAAGCUUAUUGAUUCGGAAGGGGUGGAGAGGAUUGCAUGUUCAGUUGGAACAGGUCCUGUACAUGCUGCUUACGAAGCAGUUAAUAAUAUUGUCCAGGUACGAGUAACUCUUAUGGAGUACUCUCUCAACUCUGUAACAGAAGGGAUUGAUGCUGUUGCUACUACACGAGUGCUCAUUAGAGCAGACCACAAUGGCCAUACAUCCACGCAUGCCUUAACAGGGGAGACUCUGCCCAGAACCUUCAGUGGUAGUGGAGCAGACAUGGAUGUAGUAGUCUCCAGUGUUCGGGCUUAUAUCAGUGCACUGAACAAGAUGCUGGGUUUCAGGGAAAUAUCUCGCAACGAGAUUCCCAGUCCCGAAGCAGUGGUUGCUUAGAGUGAAAGCGCUCAGAACAAACUAUUCAAUGUCUCUCUCUCUCUCUCUCUCUCUAAAAUCAUGAUGUUAAGAAGAAAGAAAUCGAGUAGAAUGAAACCCAUUGUUGCUGAUAGAUUGAUGUAGGAGUUUCAGAUAUAGUGAAUGGUAUUACUUGAAGUUGUAUGCAGGCCUAUGAAGUCGGCCAAUAAUGCAAUUGAAGAGAGUGAAAUGAUUAGUUUGUUCAAAUUUUAUUCGAAAGAGAAUAUGUAUUAAAUUUUAUUGAUU